UUAAUACGAAGAAUAUUUGAUGCUUGGCUUUAAAUUUAUUCAUCUCUUCAUGUACGAGCUUCACGUGUGUUCUACAUAUCGCGGAUCACUUGUUUGCCUCUGUCGAGUUGAUUUCCCUCUUUCCGAUCCAUUUUACAAAAUCGUGAAGUGUUAUGAAUCAAACUUCUUUUCUACAUUUGAGAAAAAAAAUAGGCAACGUCAAAAUCAUGCAGUCAUGACUGCGUUAUCGAAAUAUCUUUAUUUGUCAGUGCGGCAAUGCGGACGUUGUCUCAUUUUUUCGCGUCGCGGAUUCUCGCAAAUUCCUCCGACAGACGACCGAAAGGUUCAAAAAGUUCAGGAGAAAAAUGGAAACAAGAAUGUACAGAGAGACAACAAGUCUAACAUAAAAGUGUGCAUCAUCGGCGGCGGAGUGACACCGCUUUACACCGCAGUUCUUUUGAAGCAAUAUCAGAUUAUUAAGAAUAUACAUCUGGUGGAUACAAUGGACUCCACGUCAGAAACUUUGACGGACGCAUGCCGCCUGGAGACCAGUCCUCGUAUAGAUUAUUUCCGGAGAAAAGAUAUAAAGGAAGCUCUCAGAGAAGUGAACAUUGUCGCGCUCAUGGACGAGACGGACGUGGCGAGCGAUUUGGAGACCCGGACGCAAUUCAAAUCGAUGACCGGCUACGUACGUCAGAUGACGGAUCGAAUACUGCGCUUCUGUCCGGACGCCCUCGUGGCCGUGUUCGCGCGCCCCGUCACCGCCACGCUCCCGAUGGUCUCGGAGAUCUUCCGGAGCUCAGGCUGGUGGAAUCCCGACCGGAUCAUCGGCUCCACCGCGAUGUACAGCGAGCGAAUCGAGGGGAUCGCGGCAGCCAUCCUCAACCUGGAGCGCUCGAGCCUCUCGGUGCCGCUGGCCGGCGGCGCCGACGCGCGAACCCUCGUGCCGUUGCUAUCGCGCGCUAUUCCGUUCAACCAGUUCACAAAUGCGCAACGCAAGACUCUGCUGCAAUCGUUUCGAGCCGGCGACGAGGCCGCGAAAAUAGGAGCCCCGGACAAAGGUCCAUCGUUAUCGCCGGGAACAGCGGCUGCAAAGCUGAUUAUCACCCUCGCCGCUGGUCUAUCCGGACUCGAUCACGUUAUCACAUGCGCCUACGUGCGAUCGGACGUACUGCCGGUUUGCCGAUUUUUCACUAGCGAGCUGCAGUUGGGUCCGGAGGGAGUCAAGCGAAAUCUGGGUCUACCGAAAAUCUCGCCCGCGGAAGUGCUCCUUAUCGAGCAGACAAUACCCCUUAUCAACGAGUAUGUCGACAUGGCGGUCACGGCGGUACGGACCGAGAAGACAAAUCGUACAAAGACGAACGUUAUUUCCUGAUAAUCCGGGAAAUAUCGGGCGGAAUGAGAACUCUUUAAAAGCUGUAUAAACAUUCGGAUGUUUCGGUUUUAGUCGAUACUGAAAUAUAUUUGUAAAUAUGUUGCAAAUGACGACAAUUCUAUUUCCUCGCGAUGUAUUCGUUUCUUUUACCCAUCCAGGGGUGUCCUUAGAACGUAGGAUAUUCUUCAAACGUCCUAAGAUUUCUCGUGUCCUAAAGAUAGGAUGUGGAUAUUAAUACAACCUUUGGUGUAAUGAUUUUUGUGAAUAAAUAAUUUGGUGUAA